UGAGUGGUUCAGAUCCACUGGUUCUUUCGUCUGAGAAAAAAAGAAAGAAAGCGAACGAAGAGUGUUUGCUUGCACUUGGGGAUCGAAUUAAGGUGAGAGAACAAAGAAGAGAAAGAUCGAAAAGAGGCGAGAAGAAUUGAAAUAGCAAUCUAUUAAUUAAUGGUCUUGAUGAUCAUUAAAGGUAUAUUUAGGAGAUAUGAGAAAUGGAAUCCCGUGCAUCCUACUUAUGGAGCGUUUUGGGGAAUGGGGAUUGGGAUUGGUUGUGGUGUCGGAUGGGGACCUGGUUUUGGCCCUGAGGUCAUUGGUUAUGUUGGUGCAGGCUGCGGCGUUGGUUUUAGUGUUGGCAUAACACUUGCUGGUCUCGGCAUUGGUCUUCCAACAAAUUUUCUUCUUGCAGCUCCAUAUAACACUGUGGAAGCAACUAGAAAGGGUGCUUUUAAUUUGUUUGGUAAAAAUCUCUCAACCGAUGGUUGGAGCGAUUUUAUGCCACAAAUCGCUGGGUGGCAGAGACAAGUCAGUGAGAUGUGCUCUGGUUUUCACAAGAAGCCUCACUUAAAUAAUGCCAUUGACAUUAAAAGUUUUCCUUUGUUCAUUUCACAUGAUUGUAGAAAAUUUGGGAGUCAUCUUCUCCAUGUGCGCAAAGGUUCGGUGGACAAUAAAUCAUCAGCUAUGUAAUGCCACCCACCACAAGGAUCUUAAGCAUCUGCGACACAUUUCGAGAUAGUUACUCUGAUUGGAAUAUGUGAAUGUGAGUGAAAUAUUCAGCACAAAUCAGAACAUGGUUCCUGUCUUGUUUGGUGAAACACUGUAAAACCAAACCUGAAGCGCUUGUGUCUUACAGUUACAGAGAUUCAAUUAUAAGAGGUUUUUGAUUUCACAGUAGCAUUCAUAGACAGUUCAGGUUAGUUAAACGUGUUUCACAAAAAGAAAAAGACCAGAAGUGUAGUUAAGGUCACACCACAUGUUUAUGCUUUGCUCUUAAUCAAACAAUAUCUUUUCUCUU